AUGAACCACAGGCCACAGCCACAGCUGCCGCCACAGCGAGCCCCCCAGGGCCCCCAGCCGGAGCCUGCCGGCGCCUACUCCCCUGGCGGCCCCGGCCUGUACAUGAGACGGCCCAGCCCAAUCAGUCCGUACCCCAGCUCCUGCCACGCAGCAGACAUGUACAGAGGCGCCAGCCCCAUGAGCAUCUAUUCCUCCUCACCCCAAGCUGCAGCUUCAUAUUUGAGUUCUAACGCCAUGGCCCCCUACCCCGGGCUCUUAAAUUCGAAUAGCCAGUACCCAGCCUAUCAGUGCAACGGGACCGCGUCCAUGGACAGCUGCCCACCGUACCUGAGCCCCUACUCUCCCCAGUCCCAGCCCAUGGACCUGUACAGGUACCCGAGCCCAGAGCACCUCGCUAAGCUAAACCUCCCACCCAUCCACACCCUGUACCAGCAGAGGUUCGCAAACACCCAGAGUUUCCCCUCCAAGUUCUUGGGCUGCGGCAACCUGACUGGGCAGGGCGAUGCCUUCGGCGCCUGCCCCGUGCGGCCCAGCGUCCACCACGCGGGACCCUACCCGCCUUACGCCACCCACGAGAUGGACGAGGACGACGAGGCGUGGUCGGACAGCGAGCAGAGCUUCCUGGACCCCGACAUCGGGGGCGUGGCCGUGGCCCCUACCCACGGGUCCAUCCUCAUCGAGUGUGCCAAGCGCGAGCUCCACGCCACCACCCCCUUGAACAACCCCGACAGGACCUGGCCCACCAGGAUCUCGCUCGUCUUCUACCAGCACAAGAGCAUGAACGAGCCCAAGCACGGCCUGGCGCUCUGGGAGGCCAAGGCGGCAGAGAGAGCCCGGGAGAAGGAGGAGGAGUGCGAGAAGUACGGGCCCGACCACGUGGCCCAGAAGGCCCACGGCAAGAAGGCGAAGCGGGUGGCUGGCUAG